AUCAUGACCUGAGCCGAAAUCAAGAGCCGGACACCCAACCGACUGAGCCACCCGGCGCCCCCCCCCCCCUCCCGCCCCCGUCCUCCGGUCUUAAUUCCCUUGAAGCCAACCUGUCACCCCGCCUGGUCCGGGAACAGUCCCCGUGUCCUGCUGGAAUGUGGCUGCAGGGAGGUCUCCCCACCCUCUGGGAUGAGAUGAACUUGAUCUAAGCCACUGUUGGCGGGAAAGUCCCCUGAGAAGUCUACCCUGAGGCCUUCCUGCUGCAGGCCCAGAAACAGAGAAGGCUUGGGGGCAUGCAGUCUUUGGGGUGGGGUCCUGCCUGUGUGCAACACCUUCUCCCCUCUCCCCAACACCCAUACGCAGGCGAUCUACAUGGGCCGGAACCCCCGGGACGUGGCGGUCUCGCUGUAUCAUUACUCCAAGAUCGCCGGGCAGUUGAAGGACCCCGGCACACCUGACCAGUUCCUGCAGAACUUUCUCAAAGGCGAAGUGCAGUUUGGCUCCUGGUUCGACCACAUUAAGGGCUGGAUUCGGAUGAAGGGCAGAGAGAACUUCCUGUUCAUCACCUACGAGGAACUGCAGCAGGUGAUCGCGCCCCCCACCCCCACCCG